AUGCUACAAUUCCUGGCUGGAUUCACCUUGGGCAAUGUUGUGGGGAUGUAUCUCGCUCAGAACUACGAUGUGCCAAACAUAGCGAAAAAAAUCGAAGCGUUCAAAAAAGACGUGGAGGCCAAGAAAAAACCACCCGAGUGA